GAGCCGUGCGGAAAAUUCCAACCGACGAUAUAAAUAAUAUGCCAUCGCAUACACUGGUGGACAACGUGUACCUAUUCGGAGUAUUGACAGCAUUUGUGUCCGUAAUAUUGAUGUCCAUAUCAAUGAUAAUCAUUAGAAAAGUUAAAGACACAAAUUAUGCAAUUCUCACAUUUUACUUCUCAUGGGUUGCCUUCUUGGAAACUGGUUUACUAACGGCGCUACUCAACGACUACACUCUUCCCACCACUUCCACCGAAUGGCUGUCGAUGGCAGGGAUGGCUAUAUUCGCGGCCAUCAGUCGAUUCUGUCUGAUAAUAGCCCUCCAGAAAGAGGACGCCCUUCCGAUAGGUAUGAAUCCAUUGCUGGUUUCGUCAAACACCGGUCCGUACGUCGAGUACAACGGAGCCGCGGCUAUAGUAGCGUAUGGGCAGUGUCUCCGACACGUGCAGCUCACACACCGUCACAUCUGUGACCCCGAAAUCGAUGGUAACAUUCAUCAACUCUUCGGACCGAAUGGCCGCGAAGUCCUCCAACUUCUGGACAUUACUCUGGUCUCGGAGUUCGCAAACAAAUGUGUAUUUAAAGAGUUUUUCGUUGACUUCCACCGGCUCGGGGGUCCCCUCAGGCUUACAUACCCUUGCCUGGUUCAUGUUCGCCGUGUUUACUACUAUCUCCACGUGAUAUACCUGUCCGAUGGCCCACUUGAAUACGAGCCGCCACUCGAGGGACGUUACGUUGGCUUUGACUUUGGAGUGAAUGCAUUCUCCGGACUAAAAAUACUGAACCGCAUUGAGGUGCCCAACAGCGGUCGCACCUUCGCGUGCACCGGCAUAGCCGGGAAACUACAGUCACACUCAACCCAUAUAACGACACUAACACUGACUACUAGUGCUCCACAUACUGUCCAGAGAUCAGGGCGUCCUCUUUCUGGAGGGCUAUUAUCAGACAGAAUCGAC